GGCUCGCCCUGCCGCACGCAUGUCUCGUGACCAAAUGUGCCUCCACGACGCGAAAAUGGAAAAAUAAGAAAAGAACUUUUACUGGAAGCAAUUUGAAUGUACCGUGUCAAUUCAAUUACUUGCGUUCAGCGCCCCAGUGUCGUGUCGGAGAUUAGAGCAAUGAAAAAAUAUUCCAGAAAAACAUCUAGCAAACAUUUAGAAAUAGACAGAUGAGUCCGGCCAAGCGUCCGCUGAGCGAGUCGGCCGACCCGCGCCCGAGCGUCACCGUCACCGAUAUGGACACCGUGCACGAAGAAAAUGAUAACGACAAUGACAGUGAUGAAUCGUCAUACUCAGACGUACAGAUGCUCCGGGAGCGGACCCGGGCCAUGCUGGGCACGCCAACAGACCCGCUGGUGCAGCACGCCCAUUCACAGCCCAGCAGCCGCAGGAUGUCCUCUGACAUGGAGGCCAAGCUCGCUGCCAACCUCAACACCAGGCGACCAUCGGCCAUAAUCGCAGCGUUUCGCCGGCCAUCGCAAGCGCUGGCGCUAUGUGCGGCGACUCAGCGCCGGUUCCUCUCAGAGCUGGCGCCGCACUCGCGCGCCUCCGUCGCCUCCACCAUUCACGAGCAACCGCCUUCAGCCGCCGACAUAUUGGGGCAUGAGGCUUUAAGCAAAGCGCUAUCGGCUUUGUACGCCAAACUAAUAGUGGUAUUAGGAUUAGCCUUCCCCGUGACUGAAGUCAUCGCAAAUGGAGUCCCAGAAGCUUAUUAUCAGGGUUUCUAUUUAUACCUGUACUUGGUAUCCGUUUUAUUCGUUAUAUUCCAGUAUGCAAAUAUUAUGAGACAGAAGGCCGUCAGCAUGAUUAUUCAUACAUACGAUGACCCUGAAAAAGAGGAUAAAAAUGGUAAAACUACUCCUAAUGAAAAACCUAAACCAAAAGAAACUAUUGCUAGAUACGGCAGUUUCUACCUCAGGCUUGGAGCUAUUGCUUUUGGAAUCGGCUCUAUGGUUCACAGUGGAUUAGAGUUCGGGGAGUACUUUGAAAUGACUGACAACUGCCGGUCGGUAAUGUCGGCGGCCACGCCCGCGCUGCGUAUGGCCCUCACCCUGGCACAAAUGCAGUUCAUAUUCCUCACUAAUAAAGACAUCGAGACCGGCGCCUACAAGCUCAUACAGAGGUUCGGCUUCAUGCACAUGAUCGCAACAAACCUCUGCGAAUGGUUGUACGUGCUAGUUGAAGAGACGAAACACGAAAUUCACCAUCUAGAACAUUCGAUCAUGUCUACACAUAAUAACACACAUGGAAAUAUUACCGAGUCAUGCAGAAGGUCCAACAUGAUGGGAACCCUGCUACAAAACGCGUCUCCCUUCCUUUUUCCAUGUACUAUUGAAUACUCGCUGAUCUGCGCUGUCAUACUUUACGAGAUGUGGAAAGAGGUCAAAUGCACCCCGGAGGACUUUGAAAAGAAAUUCAAUUAUGUUAAAAACAAGUCACGAAAUAACUCCGUUACCCCGGAGAAAAUACUUCAACAGUUUGCGGGCAUGCUAGGGGUAGGCACGCCGCAGGGCAGCCGCGCGGCGCUGCACCACUUUUCAGUGGACUGCUCCCACGCUCACCGUGGCCUUUUCGGUGGAAUCCUCAUCAUCGUGCUGACUAUCAUAUCCCUUAUCAUGUUCUUCGUCCUCGCCAGUAGCCCAGCUACGAUUAAUGACGCCAUAUUUGAAGUUAAUAUUUGUGAAUUGAUAUUGUAUUCGAUCACAAUACUAACAGUACUAGUGGCCUUAAAACAAAUGAGGGUUUUGCCAUACAAAAGAAAAGCACAAGCCGUGUUGGGCUUGGACACGUCGCUGCUGAUCCUGGCGCAGACGGGCAUGUUCGUAUACUGCAUGUUCAGCCUCAUCGGCAGCCACCACACGCUGCGCAAGAGUAACAGCGGCGGCCUUACUGGAUUUUUCGCUGAGUUCUUAUCUUUUAUUCAGACAAUCCUGCAGUCUCUGUUCAUCAUCGACGCGUGGUGGCGCCGCUGCAGCUCCUCCGAGCAGCGGCGGGAGAAGCCGGGCCGCCAGCUGGUCACAUUCUUGCUCGUCGCCAACAUGGCCAUGUGGACCAUCAACACUCUUGAGAAGAAUCGAGCAGAGUUCAGGCCAGCACACCUUGACUUCUACGGACCUUGGGCGUGGACGAUCAUCACCCACGUAUCCAUGCCGCUAGCGAUCUUCUACCGAUUCCACUCCACCAUCUGUCUCUUCGAAAUCUGGAAAAACAGUUUCAAGAAUAAACCUAUCUAUUUAAAUGUAUAGUGCCGAAUCAGUCACAAUGAUAAUGUUACGAAUAAAA